AUGGCUCGCGGGAACACAAUCCUCUUGAACGACUACCACGACCAUCCCUCGAUGCUCUUUCCAGUCGAGAUCCUUCACCUCAUUGUCGACUCCAAUGCCUCGGAUCCAAAGUUCUUGCUCAAUUGCUCUGUAGUCAACAGUACCUUUGCGGAACGAUGCCAGCAGCAUUUGUUUGCCUCCCCGAUCUUCAGCUUCAACUUUGCGUUCAACAAUGCGUCACCGUACAUCCACAGCCAUUUCAACGUCUCAGAACUGCGAAAGGCGAUUCCUCCACUCACAGAAAGGGGGAAGAAAUUGGCGGACCCACCCGAACGGGCACUGAGCGCCUUCAAGGACGCCCUCACAGGGAAAAAUGGGGAACGACUCCGCUCGUACAUCCAAUCGUUCUCGGCGACGUUGCGGCGCGCUAAUUCGGACCCUGCGGAAUGGUCGUUUCUAAUGACCGAGUUCAUGGAACACCCGAAUAUAUUUUCAGCCGCCUUGGACCAACUAUGCGAUAUCCUCCCUCUCCUCACAUCUCUGCGAUGUUUCCGCCUCACGAGCUGCUUUUCGAAGGACCUGGUACCGAUGGACGCUGUCAACAUUGAUUCCUUCACGAUUCCCUUCGAAUUCUUCAGUCGGUUGAAACAUCUUCAGCUCGAGGAUACAGAGAUCAAGGUGGCGCUUCCCGCGGAAGCGUCGGGGGUGGAGGGUCCGAACCGAUGUCAAUUGACCACUCUCUCCUGCGUCCGGGUUCAGUCCAAGAAACCUCCUCUAACGCUUCCUCGAAGUCCUCCCUUUGGAUCACAACCAGGAGCCUUUCCGCAAUCGGUUGUCCUCCACAACCUGAAAGAGUUUGCGUAUUUCUCGUCGGGCUCUGUGAUGGUUUUGAGUCAUGGGAUGGCUCGUAUCAUCCAUGAUGUAAUGCCCAAUUUGCGUUGCUUCACCAUAUUGCUCUCCCAGCACCAUGGUAUUCCGGACGCCGUCAUCGAGAUGGACUUGCCUUCCCCCCUCGGCGCGGGUCCAAAUAUCAGCAUACCUGCAACCGAACUCGCCUUCCCUGAUCGAAUACAGAAACUUGCAUUCGAUUUAACCGUGGACCCGAGAGUCCAGAAACCAUAUCUCCGGCCGUUUCUGGCAACCAUGAAGACAGUCCUCGGAGUCGUCACCGACUUCCACACUCUCGAAAUUCGAAUCCAAUGGGCUUCUAACUCGCAAGGAGGCUAUUCGAUUAUGUCGCAGUUUUAUGGAUGGCAAUGGCUGCGGGUGGCAAUUCAGGAUGGGAGAUUCAAGUCCCUCAGGCGAUUGAAGAUCUCUAUCGAAUAUCGUUACAGGCACAAAGAGUGGAGGGAUUUGGUGUUUCUCGGCAAAGUCGAUACUAUGCGCCACCUUGAAGAGUGGUUUAACCCGCUGACUACUUUGCUCGGAGAUUUUGAAGUCGGGUUGGAGUGUGUUAUCCUCGAUCCAGAAGUAUAUACGGCGACUGGAUUUGUACUCGUGGGCACCAAAAGUGAUGGCACCCUGUUACUGGCAACUCGUUCAAGACUUUUCUCAGCAAUGCAGAAAGAUUUCACCAAACCGCUUGAGAUAUAA